AUGCACCACCUCCCCAACCCCACCAUCCAAACCAUCCUCCUAAACCUCACACGCCCCAAAAUCCACCACUUCCUCCACAUCAUCUCCUCCACCCUCAUCUUCUUCUCCACGACCCCCGAACGACAACACCAACCCCCACCAAGCACCCUAGCCCGACCCAACGGACAACGCACGCUCUUCCGCCCCUUCACCUCCCCAGACAGCAUCGGCGCCAAGCUCGUCGUCGAGCCAGCUCCCAACACUGCCACCGGAAAACGCGAGCACCCAAUCCAAGGCCUCCUAAUUAUACUAGACCCGCUGAGAAACCCCACGGGAAUCUUAUCCGCCCAGGAAAUAACCGGCUACCGGACGUCGAUGAGCGCCAUGAUCCCGUUCUCCUGGCGGAAGCAUGUAUCGAAUAUCGUGAUAUUCGGGGCCGGAAUACAGGCACUGUGGCAUACGCGGUUGAUAUUGGGGUUGAGGGGGGAGGAGGUGCGGUGUAUUACGUUUGUGGGUUCUUCGAGGGGACGGGUGGAGGAGUUGGUUGGAACGGUGAAAAGGGAGAUGCAGGGGCGGUGGGGAUCAGAAGAGUGUAAGUUUCAGUUUGUGAGUGCUGAUGGGAGUGAUGGUGAGGUUGAGAGGUGUUUAAGGGAGGCGGAUUGUGUGUUUUGUACGACGCCUUCGCAGAAGAUGCUUUUUCCGGCGGCGUGGGUGAUGGAGAGGGGUGAGGCAGGGAGGAGGAUGCCGUUGGUUUCGGCGAUUGGGUCUUGGUUGCCGGAGAUGAUUGAGUUGGAUCCCGAGUUACUUAGGGGGGUGGUAUGUGGUGAGGAGGGGGUUAAUCCGUUGACUGGGGAGAGGGGGAGGGGGAUGGUGUUGGUGGAUGAUAGGGAGUAUGCGAUGCAUGGCUGUGGGGAGGUUGUGCAGAGUGGGUUGGCCGGGGAGGAUUUGGUGGAAAUUGGAGAGGUACUUGCUUUGAAGAGUGGGAGGACUCAGGUAUCUGGUGAUGAGCAUGUUCGGCGUGUGGAGGGGUUUAUGGAGGAGGGCUUGGUUGUUUAUAAAAGUGUCGGCGUGGGUCUUACUGAUUUGACGGCUGGAAGGGAGGUUUUGAGACUAUAUCAGGAGAAGCAGGGUAAUUUGUGA